AUAGUAACAAUUUGUAUGUUUUUGGUGUUGGCGUCAACAUUAGUUUCGAGUCAGUCGCAAUGUGGCGUCUGUAUGGAUAAUUUCGCACUAUGCAUAAAUGAGACCAGCUACCAACUAUGCUAUGAAGCGACAACAUUGGCAACGGCUGAUCAAGAAAUCUACUCUUGCCCAGACAAUAAAUAUUGCACGGAUUCGGAAAAUAUAUGUGAGGCGUACCCGGAUGGUGUCAAUAUUAAAGCGGUUUGUGCAGGUCAGGAAGAUUCUACAGCAUGUAGCAGCACAUGUUCUGGCAAGACAAAUGGACAGCUUAUUUGUUUAAGUUCAACGCAAUUCGGUAUAUGUAGAGGUUCAACAACGUUGGUACCUACCAGUCCCCUCUCCUGUCCGACAGAUCAAGUAUGUAGUGAGGAAUUGGUUUCUGAAUUAAGCUUGAAGAAAGUAUGUGCGCCGCAAAGUGUGCUGGAUUACUUUGAAUUGAAAUCCACAUGUUCAAAUGAAAAUGCGGUAACUCAAGCCACCACUACAGCAUCAACAGUAUCAACAACAACAGUGAAUGCAUUGGGUUUAUGCGAAAGCUCGGGCAAAACCGGAUCUUACUUCCAAAUAGAAAAUCCAGACAAUUGCCAAUCAUAUAUAUAUUGUCAACGUGAUGGCACCUCCUACAUAUCAAUGGUUCUGCAGUGUAAAGCCGGUCUGUUCUACAGCGUUGCGCAGAAUAAAUGCAUUACUGGUGUACAGUGCCCACAAUGAUUUAUCAAAGAGAUGAUUAUAAAGUGAACAAGCCAAUCUGAUUUUUUGAACGCAUAGAUAAUUUUUUAGUAAAUACACUUUUAAUAAAUAGCUUGUACACUCAUGCAUACCUAUGUACAUAUAUAUAUACAAAUAAAGCUAAAUUGGAAAAAUGCAA